AUGGAAGAAGAAGGCCACAGAAGGGAUAAUGAAAAUGAAACCAGUGGCGAAGCAGAUAUAAGCCAGUACGUCGCAAUGGAGGUUGAACUCACAGGUGAAAAGGAUAAUCAACCCCAAGUAAAAGGAGAGCCACCCGCGCACAUAUGCACUCCCGAGUGCCAGGCAAUGGAAAGCCUGCAUGAAUCUAUCAUGCCUCUCCACGAGGACGUGAUUAACCUAAGGAAGGAAAUAAAGAUGCAAAAGAAGACCAAAAAACGCAAACACGAAAGCGACACUAACACAAAAACCAAGGCAAGCAAACAGCCCAAGGAAAUAGAUUCAUUAGCCGCGCACCUGCAAGUGUGCGCGGUAGAGGAUAGGAAGCCCGAUAUGUUGCAUGAGGCAGUCCAAACUGCAACACUUUACCAAGAAGAUCACGAAAUGCCACGCGGGGGACGAGGAUUACUCCGAGAUCGUGAAAGAAGUCUGUCAAGGCAACAAGCAGGAAGACGAGGAACAGAACAAGAAAGCGUUAUGGCGGGAGAUCCGUCAUCGGGAUGUUUGUUCUGUAACGGCCCCCAUUGGGCAAGCAAUUGCAACUACGCGAAUACGCUUUCGUCGCGUCGGCAGAUGCUAGCACGCCAAAAUAGGUGGGAAAGAUGCCUUGGCCCCGCGAAUCACCUUGUUACCGCGUGCCAACCUAAAACCAAUUGUUUUUAUUGCAAACUUGCCAAGCGCUAUGGCGAGAUGACUCGUCAUCACACGGUAUUCUGCCACUACCAGUUCAAAAUGUGA